CUCGACUAAAUGCUAUCCAUAGAUGCUAACAUUGCUAUGCUCCUGCUGGAAAACAAAAAUGACCAGAAAUGAAACGUGUUUGUUGCUUGGAGCGACUGGCGUCGGCAAGACGUUAUUGCUGAAGCGUCUACAAAAGCUCAGUUUGCAUGGAUUAGAUGACCUGGGAACACCUCCUACUCUGCCUACAGUAGGAACCAAUCUGACAGACCUGACACUGAAGAAGAAGAAGGUCACAGUAAGAGAACUGGGAGGCUGCAUGGGCCCCAUAUGGCCCAGUUAUUUCAACGACUGCUCCUCUGUCAUUUUUAUGGUAGACUCAGCCAACAUCGCUCAGGUGUCCUCCUCCUGUAUGCAGCUGCUGUCCGUACUCUCUGCUGAGCCCCUGUGCAGUGCCUCCGUGCUUAUUCUCUUCAACAAGAGGGACAUGCCCUGCACUAUGAGUCUUAUAGAGAUGAAGUCACUGUUAAGAAUGGAUGACAUCAUUGAAUCUGCUACUCAGCCAAUCACAACACUGGAACUCAGUGCCCGCUCUGGACAGGGACUUCAGCAGGUGCUCAGCUGGCUUGAGUCUAGCACAGUCAAGUGAUCUAUCAUAUGUUUGUUCCUUAAAAAGCCAUGCUGCUAUUUAGGACUUUGAAUAAUGGUUUUAAGCCUUUUGGAAAGAGAUGUGACUAUCCUCAGUGAGCAAAGAUUGUUUGUACACCAUUUUUAAGAGGAUGUACUGGUGUGUUUAGUGUGGACUCACUGAAAAAAUAGCGAUGUGUUAAUGGCGAUGUAUUCAUGAUAUGAUGGCAAGAUGGUAUGGUUUUAAGGUUGGCUAUUUUAACAUUUGUUAAAUCAACACUGUAGGUCUAACUUGCAGUUAUCUAUGCUGGUCACUUUUAAUAGUUAAAUCCUUUGAAUUGCAGGGAUUCAUGACUGACUGUAGUGUGAUCAUAGGAUCAUGUCAUUGUAACAUUGGGGGAAACCUCAUGCGUCCCUAAAUAAGGAGAAAUCUCUGUCUGAAAUAAAAUAACUUCUUGCACUUCAGUUUUAAAAACUAAUCAAAUGUGAAGAACAAAUGUAAGACAGACUACUGUAAAGGAAUGCAGCAUAGUAGUUAUGACUUAUUACCAGCAGGGGGCAC